UACAUAACAGUGCUUUUCAACGCUGUGGCACCCCGGUGUGUCACAGUAUUUAGGGAAAUGCUGUAAGAUAUUAUUAUUAUGUUUUACUAUCACCUGUUAUUACUCGCGAGGUAGGCGGGAUAAAUUAUUAUUCUCGGGAAGCAGUUCUAGUUAUAGAAAAUUGAGUGGAGUACUACGAAUUAUGAUGCAUGAAUCAGCGAUGCCAGCGAUGGCAUCUAAGAAAAGAUUGGAAAGCACUGUCCCAUGCAUAUAUUCCUGGGUAUUCCCCAGUACGGUAUGCGUGCGUAUGUACAUAACCGAUGCAGUACCUCAGGUGCAGACUUCCGUGAUUCGCAUUCCCGCGUCUCGACAAGCGAUUUUUUCGUAAGUACACACUCAGCCUCUUCUGACGAGGCUGUCCUAAUUCUUCUUAAUUAUUCGCGGCCGACGCCCGUUCCCAUCAACGAAAAUAGCGUUCCAGAUUUGAUCUCGACCCAUCAUCUCCGGGUGGUUGGGUCGCGAGGCAACUUUCGAACGGGAUCGUAUCAUGUCGUGGAAAGAAGCGAGCCGGUGAAAGCGGCCGUACGUCGUCACGUGGCAGACACAAAGCAAUCCGCCGUGUAAUCCGUCUCGGCGAUCAAGGUUGCUGGAAUGCACGAAAAUCCCUUUUACGUAAUCCGCUGCGACGGAUAGGGUGGUUCAUCCAUCCCUCGGAUAAUUAAUUUAUCGAUGUAGGCAACAUGUGGGUGUGCAUUAGUUGUUUUUGUAUUUUAUUUAUUAUUACGAAGUUUAUUUUAUGAUUUAUACGCUUGUUUUAUUCACGCGAACGCAAUGCGUUGCGACUUCGAUAAGAUUAAUUUAUGCGCGUAUAUCAAACAGCGGCGAAUCUGUAUGCAGCGUCAGGAGAAAAUGUGAAAAUCUGCAAAUGUGCGCUACAUUCCCGCGAAUGUUUGCUUCGAAGUAUUUUAUCAUUUACAUGUAUUAAAUAUUAAUUGCAAUGCAUUAAUUUGUAGUUAUUUGUAGUUGUAAUUUUUUUGGAAUUAAAUGUUUAUUGAUAUGAACUGCGAACACUUGUUUUAACGCGACGAUAUUGCAACGACAGCGCAAUAUUACCGCAAUAUUAGAUAUUAGGUCACAUGCAUAAGUGUCCAUAUUUUCUCAGAAGAAAGUGCGAUUAUUUCCGCAUUGCAGCGUACACAUCGCAUUGAACAUUGAACGUAAAUAAAUUAUGUUUUGUCCCUCUAGUUUCCGCACUGUACGAAUGUUCGGCAUUUUCUCUUUAACAUCGACGACGUUGUUUUGCACGAGUGCAUAAACGAGGCAACCGCACGUGUACAUGUGCACUUACACGCGCUUAACCACUUCCGCGUUGCAUAAUUGCGAUUGCCGAGGUCCUCCGUCGCCCGAAUUGCUGUUUCCUAGUGUGCACGGUUGGAGAAACCGAUUACACCACCGAUUAAAAAGAUACUGACAAUAAUCGAUCGGAGGAAAAACUGUCCUGGAAUUUCACUCCUCGCCUUCUGUUUCUUUUCGUAAUUGGAGCCACAAACCCGAUUGGUGUAUAGAUUAAUUCGGGUUCAUUUAUGACGCAGCAAAUUAUUUCGAUUGUUGCAAAAAUAAUCAUUUUUAUCACGAAUAAUUAUUUUCUUCUGAUAAAAUUCUCAUAGAUCUUCAAUAGUUAGUGUUAGAAAUAUCGUAUUUUUUAAUAUUGUAUUUAAUAUUUAUUUAUGUAGUGUAUCCCAUUUCUCUCUCGUAUAUAUAAGUACAUUUACGCAUUAAAUUUCAUCACAUGCAUUGGACGUGACAGUUUACGCAAUGUAAGCCAAUAAAUCUCUCCGCGUGGUAAAAAGAAUAUCUCGUCGGUGUAUUUUGUAGGCAAUGGGAGGAGACUUGUGAGAGAGGUGAAGUGUUUGGAGAGAUUUUUGAGGUGGGCGCGUUUUCAAGGUGGAUGGUAAUGAGUCAGAUUUGGUAAUGACGAAUCAAUUUUUAUGGAUACCAGAGAAAAGGGAUUCUAGAAAGCCGAUGCGUUGCGAAAUGCACAUCGAAAUCGCAUCGCGUCAUCAUAUUAUAAUGAGUCAAUGCAGAGUUUACGAAAUUAUUACAAAAUGUCAUUUGAUUUACAAUUGUCAUUGUUGAGAAACAUGAUGCAAAUAUAAUCUCUUUAAAAUAAAUUGUAAAAGAACUUUGAUUCAGAAAGUUGUACAUUUAUGCAAAAAUCGCUCAAAUUUAUAAAUAAUUAUAAAAUAAAAAAAUAUAGAACAUAGAUUUUGAAUAGUAAAAAGUGAAUCAGUAUAUAUAUCUUAACUAUAAAUAUAAAUUAUUGUCAGAAUUGUAUUACGUAAAUUAUAUCCUCUGAUGUGUAAAUUUGAGUUUUCUUAUUUGCAAAUUCUUAUUUGUCUUUCUCUUCGCUUAACAACAGCGCCACUAAAUGGAGCCAGCAUUUAUCCGACAGGAUGAUAUAUCCUUGCUUGCAUUCUACAUCUUCAUUUUAAGAGACGUGUCUUUUCUGUGCCAAUUUACGAAUUGAUUAUAUCGCCAGUGGAGAAUGUAUGACGUAUACACUCACGUAAUCUACUUCUCCCUUCGUCAUUUAUUCUGCUUAAACAUAUGUAUCGAUAUUAAUAGCUUCCCGUUUCCGUUUGCAGACGACUGCCCGAAUUGCGUGGACGAGCAUAGCAGCAGCUUGGCGGCCUCAAGAUGGACGAUGCCUCUGCUAAAGCUGGGCGAGAAGAGAUACUACCUGGGGAUCUUCUUCAAGGCGAACUGGUACAGGGCUUCGCAGUACUGUCGUUAUCACGGGAUGCAUCUGGCGAGUAUAGCCUCGCAGGAGGAGAACGACAGGCUCGAGAAGCAUAUCAAGGACUUCGGUCUUGGUCAUGAGCACUUUUGGACCUCCGGCACCGAUCAAGCCGAGGAGGGAACUUUCUUCUGGAUGGCGAACGGCAGGCCGAUCACGUUCGAGAACUGGAACGUCGGCGAACCAAAUAAUUUCCGAUACGAAAACGGCGAGGAGGAGCAUUGCCUGGAGCUCUGGAACAGGGACGGAAAGGGGCUCAAGUGGAACGACAGCCCUUGCAGCUUCGAGACUUUCUUCGUCUGUGAGGUGCAAUGAUCAAACUGCGGAACUGGCCGGAAGGAGAGACUACAAACGCGCGAGAGAGUAUUCGCGCAAAUUAUCGAGUCGCGACGAUAAUCCUCGAGGAAGCUGCGUGUGACGUUCUCAUCGGUCAUCCGGUCAUUUCGGUGGACUUAGCGAGGGAGAAAAAUUUGACGUGACACGUGCGCUUGGACUGAAAACGGAACGCGCGAUUAGCCAGUUGCUAUCGUUGUCACGUUUCGCGCACACGGAAUUCACGAGUAUGCGUGUGCACGUGUGUAUCCGUGCGUAUGUAUGUAUGUAUAUGUGUAUACGUGUGUAUGCGUGUACGUGUGCAAAACGACACCCGGGAGCUUCAGUCAGUUCUUUCCGUAGAAGAAUCACCAGGCGACAGACUGAGCGUCGGAUAAAUCCGCAGUGUCGUAGGAUAAAAGCGAUUCGCUGAUCUUUUAUGCAGAGGCGGCUCCGGAGAGAGUGCUUGACGUCAGAUUAUGCGGUGUACUUAGAUCCUUAAAAGGUCUUGUUUUAAAUUUAAAUGCAGACACAUAAUCAAUACUUGCACUUAUACGACAGGACGCAAAGUUUAGAUGUUGCGUGUGAAAAAAAUAUCUUGCAAUUUUAUACUCUAAUAAAUAGAAGAGAAAGAACUAAAGAUAGAUAAAAUAUUAUUAAUAUAAUAUUUGUUGAUACACUUAUACAAGAAGAAGAUAGAUUUUAUGAAGAUUUGUGAACACAAUUUCUGGAUUAAGAUCUCGAUACGUGAAAACAUCGAUAUACUAUAUCGAUAUAUAUUGUUUGUAUUUCUUUACGAAAAUCUCUAGUACCGUCUUUGCUUUUAACGAUUUUCCAAGUUACUGCGUAGACCGAUGUGCAAAAUAUUUUAGCAGUCGAGGGAUCGGUCGGUUAAUCAUCUCAUCAUGAUGCAAAUAUUAUUCUUUUGUUAAUUUUAAACACAUAAAAAUUACGUAAUCGCAGCGUUAGGAUGUAUUGGUAUUCCUAUGAUAAAUUAUUUUCUUAUUUGCAUUAACCAUUCAUAAUGUCACUUUGAGGAUGUAUAUAUACUAAAUUUUGUUUGAAUUGAGCACGAUUUAUUAUACACGCGAAACGAUUACCAUUCCAUUGAUCCUUCGAUCGCAGCGAAUCUUUGAGAAUGUUUGACGCAUGGUGAUGCCACAUAUUGAUUAAUUAAUUAAUUUUCCAGCGAAAUGUAAGUUAACACCCACAUUGUAGAAGUUAAGGCGUCGUAACCAUUAAAUAGACUACGGUAGAUAUAUGCGCGGGAAAUGAUUCUCUCGGUCGAUGUUCUCGCAAAAUAUAUCCUUAAUGUUAAAUCAAAUUAGGAACGGUUAUUUAGCAGUUAACGAAGCGAGUAAUGUAAUAAUUUUUACGCACAAAGUAGUUAAUCAAGCAGAAUUGCCGUCCUCGACACAUACUAAUUUCGCGAGCAUCUGCAAAACUGCAGCAUAUUUUAAUUUCAUGUACCUUAACACGGUAAUUAUACCAACACACAGUAAGUAACAUGUAUGUAUAUGCAUAUAUAUGCAAACUGUAUAUAUUUACGCCGUAGGUAUAAUAUAUUAGAUAGCGAUCUGCCACGAGUAACGUUGCUAGUAGUACGAACAAACCAAAAGACUCUCUCGCGAUGUUAUAACGCACGUUGGUACCGAGAAGUGUAGUCGUUGCAAAUACUUGCUGUAUAUUACAUUUACAUUAUUAGAGAUCCUUCUGUAAAGCACACACUUUAAUAGACAGUAAUAGACAUAAUAACCCUUACCAUCUCAGUGAUCCUGAUCAUCCAUCAAAAAAAUGUUUAAUCGGACUGAAUCCUGAAUCUGCGAAAUGUAGGAUACUUGAAAUCCACGAUUUUAGUUGAAACCGAUAAUAAGAUUUGAGUUUGAGCUGAAGAAUUUUACAAUUAAAAAGUCUUGCAAAAUUUGACAAUUUACAUUGAAUUUUCUCUCUAGUAAAUGGCGCACGGACCUCUAGUUUUACUGCUGUAAGCGAAAACGAGCUACGACACGUAAUGGGCGAAUGAAAAUGCGGCUCGUUCGACACCGUCAUGGUGGUCGCGAUCCGCGUUAAUUAGGUCGCGGUAUAAAUAAGCACCGUAAUAGAUCCCGCGCGGGCAAUAGUUGGCCAUCGCCGGCAAAUGAAACGAGAGUUCGUCGUUGUACUCUGCGUAUAUAUACUCGCCGCGCGUGAGAAAAUUCAGGAAGCAGCGUUAAAGAGACACAUGGCAUUAUAUUUAGCUCCGAAUAAUAAAAUCAAAAUUGCGCCUCCAAUCCGAUCCCUCCGUCGUUUGCGUUGAAACAAGUUUUUGUGUUUGCUGUUUCUCUCAAUUAAAAUGCGUUAUUUGGACU